UCAGACUUUCUUUCGGCCCGCACUAGCUCAUUUCAACGAGAAGAAAUAUAAAAAGAAGGGUGUGCGUUGCUUUCUCUCUUUCAACUUCAUCACCUAGCCCUCAUUCUACCCUCACAACAUGGUUGGCAAAAAAGAAUACAAAAUCGUCGUCUUGGCCGGUGAUGGUAUCGGACCAGAAAUCACAAAUGAAGCUGUUAGGGUGUUAAUGUUAAUCUCUCAAAAAUCAAAAGAUUUCGAAUUCAAACUUCAACCAGAAUUAUUCGGUGGUUCAGCAAUUGACGUUCAUGGUAAACCACUUCCUGAACAAACUUUGAAAGCAUGUGAAGAAGCAGAUGCAAUGCUUUUGGGUGCAGUUGGUGGACCAAAAUGGGGAGUCGCAAAAAUUCGUCCUGAACAAGGUUUAUUGGACUUACGUGUUCAUUUUGAUUUAUAUGCAAACGUUCGUCCUGCUUUGUUCCCUUCUCAAUCUUUGGUCGCUCAUUCUCCUCUCAAGCCAGAAAUUGCAACGGGAACUGACAUCAUCGUCGUUCGUGAAUUGGUCAAAGGCUUGUAUUAUGGAAAACGUCAAGAAGCUGAUUUGGACACCCCUAACAGUACAGGAGAGUCAUUCGAUACAUUGGUCUACAACAAAUCAGACGUUGAACGCAUCACCCGUUUGGCAGCUUAUUUGGCCAUGCAAAGCGACCCACCAAAGAAGUUGCACUCUAUCGACAAAGCAAACGUUUUGGCAACCAGUCGUUUAUGGCGUCGUGUUGUGACUGAAACGGUUGACAAAGAAUUCAAGAAGGACGGUAUUGAAGUUGAUCACAUGCUCGUCGAUUCAGCAGCAAUGGUAAUGGUUUCUAAUCCACGUAAAUUGAACGGUGUCAUCUUGACAGAAAAUAUGUUUGGUGAUAUCUUGUCCGAUGAAUCUUCCGUUAUUCCAGGUUCUUUGGGCUUGUUGCCUUCUGCUUCUUUGGCCGGUUUGCCAGAUGGAAAAUCGAAAUGUUUCGGUUUGUACGAACCCAUUCAUGGUUCUGCCCCUGAUAUUGCUGGACAAGGAAUUGCAAACCCAAUCGGAACAAUUCUCUCGGCCGCUUUGAUGUUGCGUUGGUCUUUGGGCUUGCCUCGUGAAGCUCAAGCAAUCGAAGAUGCCGUUCGUAAAGUGUUGGAUACUGAAGAUAUGGGUGGUUUCGGCAUCCGUACAAAAGAUUUGGGCGGUGAAGCUUCUACAAACGAAGUUGCUUCCAAGAUUUUGGCCGUUCUCGAAACUCUUCUCUAAUUCUCUCAAAAGAAAAAUGCUCCAAUUUCACAUACCAUUGUACAUCAUUCCGAUUCAUGACGAUGUUUAGACAUCUUUCGAGAUCAAUAUAAUCCAUUUAUGUACGAUCCUCAUAAGGGGCGUGAGAAAAGAAAAAGUGUUGUGAUACAAAUAGAAGAAAGAAGC